AAAUACGAGGGCGAGUAUAAUGUAAGUGGCUUGAGACAUGGUAAAGGUAAGGCUAGAUACUGCAACGGUGAUUGCUAUGAAGGUGACUACUUGAAUGGAAAGAGACACGGCCAAGGAGUUUACACGUUCGCUCAAGGAGGUGUGUAUCAAGGCAGUUGGAAGGAUGGCAAGAAACAUGGAUUCGGAAAGUUCUGUUACCGAGACGGCACAAACUACGAAGGUCAUUUUUGUGAGGAUGUGAGGCAAGGUUGGGGUAGGUACUGCUACAACAAUGGCGAUGUUUAUGAAGGAAACUGGAUGAAUCAGAAAAGACACGGGCAUGGCGUGUACGUCUACAAGUGUGCCAAGUUGAAAUAUGAAGGCAUAUGGAAGGAAGGAUACAGAACAUCCGAGGGU